GUUGCCACAGUGCGGUUGCAGCUAGCUCGAGAUGCGGUGUCAAUGAACAUAUUCUGGCAGGGCCCUCAGUACAUGUUAAUGGGAAUCGCAGAGGUUUUCUUCUUCAUUGGUCGGCUCGAGUUUUUCUAUGAGCAAUCUCCAGAUGCAAUGAGAAGCUUGUGCAGCGCUUUAGCGCUUCUUCUACCUGAGCUUGUUGAUUCUCACUCUUGUGGCGUAUUUCACUACGGCUGAUGGUAAAGAAGGUUGGAUUCCAGACGACCUUGAUAAAGGACAUCUUGAUUACUUCUUCUGGCUUUUAGUCGUCCUUGGGCUUGUCAACAUUCCUGUGCAUGUCUUCUUCUCUGUUAAGUACACGCAGAAGAAGGCUGCUGUAUAAGCCUAUCUUUCUUCUGUAACAUGUUAUGGGUAUCUGGUUCAUCAUGUUCAUAUUAAUGCUCUGUGUUCUGUAGUUUUAUACAGUUAUGGAAAUUUGUGAAUAUGAAUGUUUGGGAGUGUCAAGAGAAACGUAAGUUCAAGGGAGAUAUGUUCAUGAUUGGGAGGCCAUGUAAAAAAUAUGAACCUUGUACAUUGAACGAAAUAUGAUUCUUAAUAUUUUAAUUGUUCAAAAUCAAAUUUUAUUUACACAUCAAUUAUGAGAAUUACCAAUUAUAUCUAUCUUAAGGUAGGAUCAUAAUUUAGAAAUAACAUCUAGCCAUGUGUUAUACUACAAAAAAAAUUAUAUUAGUAAUUUAAUAAAAACAUAAAAAUUCAUUAAAAAUAAUUAUGUAAAAUAAUAUUAUACUACUAAAAAUGCCGAUCACAAGGGUGAUCUUGUAAGUACCGAGCAUGGUGAUAUCUACCAUUGUCAACUUGCGGGGCAUGGUAAUGUUCUUUAAGCUGCUUGAGACAUUAUCAACAGUCAAUGGUUUAGUCUCCUGAGUAAGGACUUAGUCUUCUCAUCUGUUUUAGAGUCUUGCAGAAUUCUUGAAAACACACUCUCCUUUUGGCUCUCAGUAAGAAGGUCUGCUAUUUUCUUCUCACAUGCAUUCUCUCCAUGUGAGAUGAGAUGAGUCGGCAGUAGGAGCCGUGUUUAAAUAGCCUUUUAUACCUGAUCCGGAUACGAAUCUUUCUUCAUAAUUUUCCUGGUUUAUGGCUGUCCAUAUCGACCUCCAUAUUUUCCAUUCAGUGACAUCCACAUUAUGGACUAGACCAAGCUUGUCUCCAAUACUGUGAAGAUUACGAUCCGUCCAAAAAGGAAUUGCACAAGGAUAGUUUUUUUAUCGAUAGUGGCUCCUAACGAACAUAUACAACCAUACAAGUUGUAAUGAAAAAGUUCAAAGGCUUUUUCUUUUUUUUUUUAGUUCAAAGGUUGUAUUUGUCAAUGAUAAUAGGAAGGUGUUAACAAAUGUUGAUAAUUUUUCGAACCAUCAUUUUGUGGUAGCUUUUGGGGAACAAGAAGAAACUUAACAACUGGCAUUUCUAAAAAUCCCUUAAAUAUUUAUGAACUUAUACCCCCAAAAUAUAUAUAUUAAUAAAAUAUGCAGCUAUGGAAAAAGUAUCAUAUCAUUAAAUCCUAUAGAUAUUCAAAAUCUUAGAGAAUUGUUUUCUUAUAAAAAGCCACUAGAAAUAUAAUCUAAUAAUAAUUAUUUCUCCUAAAAAUAAUCAGAUAUGCAAGUUUACACAAUUAUAAAAUUACAACUUCAGUUAAUAAAAUACACUAAACUAAGAAAAAUAUACUAAUCAAAAAGCAUCCUCUAUCUUACUCCCGCCUCUCUUUGCUUUCGUUCCAAUCAGAUUUCGUUUUUGAAAUAGCAAAAACAGAUACAUAAAAAUUACAAGAUCUUUUACUAAAUUAGAUUUGAACAAGAAAAUUAUUAAGAAGUUAACGUCUUCUUCUCCCCUAGUAUUUUGUUUGGUUUUAAUUGAAUUGUGCGAAAGAGAAGAGAAGAUGUCUAGUUACGUUGGUGUUCUAGUCUCUGAUCCAUGGCUACAAAGCCAAUUCACACAAGUGGAGUUACGCAACCUUAAAUCCAAGUUUGUUUCGACAAAAACUCGUUCGGGCCGUGUAACUGUGAAAGAUUUGCCCCCAUUUCUAGCAAACUUGAAAGAUUUCAGUGGUACUUUUGUUGAAAAUGAGAUCAAAACGAUAUUGGAUGAGUCUUAUCCCAAUCGUCAUGAGGAAGUUGAAUUCGAAACCUUUCUCCUGGCCUUUUUAGCUGUGCAAUCCCGAAAAGGAGGAUCAAAAGGUGCUACAUCGUUUCUUAAGACAAGUACUACAACAUUUCACCGCGCGAUCAGUGAAUCCGAAAAAGCUUCCUAUAUCUCCCAUAUAAAUAAUUAUUUGAGAGAAGACCCUCUCUGGAACAGCUAUAUUCCAAUCAAUCCUGCUACUGAUGCCUUGUUUGAUAUUGUUAAAGAUGGUGUUAUUUUGUGUAAGCUUAUAAAUGCAGCAGUGCCUGGCACGAUAGAUGAAAGAGCAAUCAAUAUGAAGAAAGAACUUAAUCCAUGGGAGAGAACUGAGAACCUUUCCCUCUGUCUCAACUCUGCAAAGGCAAUUGGCUGCACCGUCGUUAACAUUGGAACUCAGGACAUUGCUGAAGGAACACCGCAUCUCGUGCUUGGGCUGAUAUUUCAGAUUAUAAAGAUACAAUUGUUGUCUGAUCUCAAUCUUAAGAAAACUCCACAACUUGUUGAGUUGGCGGAAGAUAAUCAGGACGUGGAGGAGCUUGUGGGACUAGCUCCUGAAAAGAUUUUGCUGAAAUGGAUGAAUUUCCAUCUUAAGAAAGCUGGUUACGAGAAACAAGUAACCAACUUCUCUUCUGAUAUUAAGGAUGGAGAGGCAUAUGCAUAUUUGCUAAAUGCUCUUGCCCCUGAACACAGUACACAUGUGACAUUAGAGACCAAAGACCCUUCAGAGAGAGCAAAGAAAGUCCUUGAACAAGCAGAGAAGCUAGACUGUAAAAGAUACCUUUCUCCUGAAGAUAUAGUCCAAGGCUCUGCAAAUCUUAAUCUUGCCUUUGUGGCGCAACUGUUUCAGCACAGGAAUGGAUUGUCUGAAGAGAGUUCGAAUCCACCUGUCUCUUUUGCUGAAAUGAUCACAGAAGAUGAUGAAACUUCUCAAGAAGAAAGAUGCUUUCGCCUCUGGCUUAACAGUCUUGGUGCUGCUACUUAUAUCGAUAAUGUUUUUGAGGAUGUUAGAAAUGGAUGGGUUCUUCUUGAAAUUCUUGACAAAGUAUCACCAGGCUCGGUCAACUGGAAACAUGCUAACAAACCUCCGAUUGAAAUACUAUUCAAAAAGGUUGAGAAUUGCAACCAAGUUAUCAAGAUUGGUAAAGAACUGCGUCUUUCGCUUGUCAAUGUAGCUGGUAAUGAUAUUGUGCAAGGAAAUAAGAAGUUCAUUUUAGCUUUCUUGUGGCAGUUGAUGAGAUACACAAUGCUCCAAACUCUGAAUAGCUUGAAAUCUCACUGGCAAGGUAAAGAAAUCACGGAAACAGAUAUUCUAAACUGGGCAAACCGAAAAGUCAAGAAAAUGGGUCGGACCUCUCAAGCUGUGAGCUUCAAGGACAAGAAUCUGUCUAAUGGAAUAUUCUUUUUGGAGCUUUUGAGCGCUGUAGAGCCAAGAGUUGUAGACUGGGGUCUUGUAACUAAAGGAAGAACAGAAGAGGAAAAGAUGUUGAACGCAACAUACAUCAUAAGUGUUGCAAGAAAGCUCGGAUGCUCAAUUUUUCUGUUACCUGAAGAUAUAAUAGAGGUAUACCAGAAAAUGAUGCUUAUAUUGGCUGCUAGCAUCAUGAACUGGAGCCUCCAGCAACAAUCCGACACUGAGUCGUGGGUCUCUGAUGAUUGUGACGUAAGCUCUCUGACAGAAGAAAUCUCCAUUUUGUCCAUAGACGAUGGCUCCUCAGAUGCCCAAAAUGAUGAAGAUGUAAAAUAACUUUCAACUUUAUUGCUAUCAUAUCAAAAGAGUAAAGAAAAGAAAACAGAAUGUAGCUCUAAAUGUAUAUUUGAUUUUGUGGAAAGACAUUGUCAUUUGAAGACUUUUGGUCAUGAAGAGUCAUAUUUGUUUUUUUUUUUUACUAUUAAAUUCUUAUAAAUGAGAAAUGAAUUCAUAGAUUAAACUCUGCAGGUGAAGCAAAUGGUGCAUAUACUGAAACGAGAUAAUAAAACUCUAUUGUUAACAUCUACAUCAUAUGAUUGAUUGUUUUUGUAAAGAAAGAUUUGAAAAGUUAUGGGCAAUAUGUUCCAUGAAAACAGAGAAGAGAAAAAUCACAUUUGGCAAAAUAAUAUUGGCUUGGUGAGAAUUCAACCAGAAUAAGACACAUGGCAAGCGUUGAUUGAAGCUGUUCUUCAAUUAGUAUUUUGUAUAAAACACAUUCUGAUUUUACAUUUUGGAUUUAUUCAAAAAUAGUCAUUUUAUUUUUUCAUCUAUCUAACAGAAUAUGUAGCUGGUAUUGAGUUCAUUCUUUUGAGAAGGUUUGUCUCCAUGCACGAUCUUCUGCAAAUGAGCUACGGUUUGGUGUUCUAGGAACAUCAAAUUGAUUCUUCAUAAAGGAGCUUACAAAGUCCUUUAUCAGUGGUAUCAUGACCUCUAUUUCCUCAUAAUCUAGUGAUAAUCUAACUAAUAUUGAUGGCAGAAAUGAGAUCUCAAACGAUGUUGAAGGAAACGGUGGUGUGCAAGAUGGAAGGUUUUAUAACUCGUUUCAAAGAGUUGGAAAACAAACUUGAUCGAAGUAUUGUAGAUAUGUUUUAGGCUAUUCAAUUGUUAUUGAAGAAUACAAUGCAUGCUUCCACAAGUGGUGAAAGGAGUCGUGGAGUGUGGUUUCACCGACGAGAAAAUUAUUCACAGAGAUGCAGGAAUACCGGCCUUGCGAUAAUCACAAGUUUUGCAAUCAAACUACACAAACCUUAUGAGAUUCGCAAAAUGAACUUACCCUCACUGUGUAAUGAGCUAAUAUCACAUAGCAAGAAUCAAUCAACCUAGACUUCUAGACCUACCCACAUGUGGCCUGGCUGGCUCUAUCCACACCCACGGUCACCAUAUUCACUUAUGCCUAAAUCUAGCAUAACUCAAUCUUACCAGCACCGCUAACCAUAUCAUUAUCCAUAUUCCUGAUUACACCUAUUCUUGGUGUCACAAAGUAACAUCACAGAUUUCAUCAACCCGAACAUUCUCACUAGACAUCUCAUCAUCUCAAUCAUUCUCAUCACACAACUCAUUAUUACAAUCAUUCUCGUUAUACAACUAGUUUAUCAUUUAACAACCUAACAUAGUCUAGGGGCCUUCCAUCACAUUAACACAAUUCAACAAACAUAAUAGAUCUAAAAAUUCAUCUUAUAAACACUAAUCAACAACAAUACCUAGAAUACAUUAGCAAAGGUCUAACACCCGAAGUAUUAUAACACUUGAAAAGUAGAUCUGGAGAAUAGAUCUGAAGGAGUAGAUCUCAAACACAAAUCUGAAGGCGAAGAGUGAAGAACACACACAACAAACAUGAACCAAGUGUGGAUUGGUGUUCGCAACUGACGAAUAGUGGUUGACCGGCGGUUCACGGUGGCACACAAUAGAAUGGCUCUGUUUCGUGAAUGAUUUUUUAGUCAAAAUGGGUGAUGGUUCUACUUCUAUAGAUAAUUUCCAAUCCCAGCCCUAACUCGUCUUUUGCCUAGAGAAAGUCUGCCAGUAUACCUCCUUGGCCCGGACUCAACAAUGGAGAAUCUUGGACAAUGGGUGCAAACCUGAUCUAACAAUAUUGCGUGAGUUAAGAAGGACUGCAUAUAGUCGCUGACUAAAGCAAGCCUAGCGAAGCGUUGCAAAGAUCUUGAGAGACCUUAAAACCCUAGCUGCCAGAUCCAUCUUUCUCUUCCUCUAUGGACCUAUCGGGGUUUCCCUUUAAAACAAAACAAUUUUGGACUUGGUGUUUUGAGGUGUUAUAUUUAUUACUAAGAUCUAAAAACCAAGAGAAAUACCACGAAAACUAGGAGCAUUUAAAAUUAUGGUUACAUGACAUACUCUUAGAGUUUGUGUUUUGAGAAAAAUCUAAUUUAUUACUCUCUCUGUGUCAAAAUAAGUGGGUUUUAAAGUUUUUGCACACUGAUUAAGAAAUUACAAAAUUUUAUUCAAUUUUUCUCGUUUGUAUAAAAACAACAAUAAGUAUAGAUAAUUCAAUUAAUAAGAAAUUAUACUGGUAAAUACACAUAGUCAAAAACAAAAAAAAAUUGUAUUUAGUUUUUUCAUGGAAACUUGAAAACAUCAUUUAAAAUAAUGAAACAAAUUUUUUCUCUUAAAACACCAUUUAAAAUGACACGGUGGGAGUACUGGUAUAUAAAAGUAGGAAUAAAUUGAUGUGAUGUCCUAAUGAUAUAGUUACACAGCUAAGUAAAAUUUUAUUGUUUUCCGUCAAAUGCCAACUUAAAUUAGUAUCACAUUAAAUAAUCAUGCCAAACAUAUAAAAUACACAUAAUUUUAUUUAAUGACAUGCGUGUGCAUAUAUACAAGUUAAUACAAACUCCAACAAGAGUCUCUCUCUCUCUCUCAGAGAAGAAACAUAAAACAAAUUACCAAGAUGAUGAUGAUGAAGACGAAGAGAAAUAAAGGAGAACUACUAUGUACGCACACACGGCAACCACUAUAUUCAUACGUCGUUACCGUUAAUGAAUUCGAGGAGAUGCAAUAGAGAGGCUACUUCGGUGUUUCGCCGGAAGAAUAAAAAGUUUGCAUGAGUCGUCGGCGUACAUGGGAAAGCCAGGCAUUUCUUUAUUUAUAAUUUCUCUCUAUUUAAUCUUCAAUAUGUAUUUUUUUUAAUUAAAUAGGUCGAAUAAUUCAGAUUCUAUCGUAAUCAACCCAGAAAUAAGAUGGAUCGAUCUGCUUUCCCACCUUUGUUUUUUUUUUACUAUUAGUUUGUGUUCUCCCUUCUUCCUGCUAUUUUAUUUGGUCCUAUUAUAUUUUUGUUGUAUUAUAUAUUUUCAUAUAAUGUUAUAACUAAUCCAAAUAUACAAUUGUAUAUAUUUUAUAAAAUAAUAUAUUGAUAUAUAGAGUAUAGACUAAUUGAAAAAAUGAGAUAUUUCAUUAUUUGUAUCUGAUUCUGAUAUUUAGUCGUUGUUUGUUACGUUAUUG